GUCACAGGUAUUUGCUAAACCACAACGAACCACUUAAGAGAUUUCGAUCAAGCAAGCGAGAUCUAGCCAGGCAUGGAUCUCGCCAUGAAUGGCAUGGUCUCUCUCCUCUCCAAGCUGGGCGAGCUCCUCAAGGAGGAGUACAAGCUGCAAAAGAGUGCCGGGCGAGACGUCGUCUAUCUCCAGACCGAGCUCCAGCGCAUGCACGCUAGCCUGAAAAAGGUCGCGACGGUGCCGCAGGACGAGCUCGACGAGGAGGAUCGGCUCUGGGUCGGCGAAGUCAGAGAGGUGUCUCACGACAUCGAGGAUCUGGUGGAGAACUUUCUGGUGAGCGCCCAGGGCGUCGUGCGUCCCUCGGACGACGCCGGCAGCAUGAAGUCCCUCGCAUCGAGGAUGGCAAUCUUGUAUAAGAUGGCCAGGGCUCGCCGUGAGGUCGCCGCCGCGAUGGAAAAGAUCAAGGGGAAGGUCCAUGAGGUUGCAAGCCGAGAUGACAGGUACAGGAGACGUGGUGGGGAUUGUGUACAUGUUCGAGCCACCUGGAGCCCCGGCACCGGCACCAUCACCAACAUCGACCCCCUCCUGUCUAUUCUGUAUGAGAAACAUACGCUAGUUGGAAUGGAUGAUGCAAGGGACAGGAUUAUCAGUAAGCUCCGUGAAGCAGACCAUGCGCCCAAGAUACUCUCCAUUGUUGGGUUUGGAGGAUUGGGUAAGACCACUCUUGCCAAAGCAGUGUAUGAUGAGCUUCACAAGGGAUUUGAUUGCACGGCUUUUGUGCCCGUGUCUCAGAAUCCUGAUGUGAAGAAAGUUUUCAGAAAACUUCUCUAUGAACUUGACAACCAAAUGUAUAACAGUCUGAAUCUAUCUGAUCUAGACGAGAGUCAACUCAUCAACCAACUACGCCAAUCACUUGGAACCAAGAGGUACUUCAUUGUCAUUGAUGAUAUAUGGGAUACCAAUGCAUGGAAAAUAAUCAAGCUUGCUUUUAUGGAUACAAAUAGCGAAAGCAGAAUAAUCACUACAACCCGCAAUGUCGAUGUGGCUAACACAUGUUGCUCUUCUGAUGAUCUUAUUCAUAAGAUGCAACCUCUUUCUGAAGGUGAUUCCGAGAGGCUCUUCUAUAAAAGAAUAUUUGCAAACGAGGCUGGAUGUCCUUCUGAGCUAGAGCAGGUGUCGAGAGAUAUUUUGAAGAAAUGUGCCGGAGUGCCAUUGGCCAUUAUUACUCUAGCCAGUCAUUUGGCUAGUAAUCAGCAGAUAAAACAAAUAGAUCAAUGGAAUAUUUUGCUUGAAUCUAUUGGUCGUGGGCUUUCAAAUGAUCCUAGCAUGAAGAGUAUGAAGAAGAUAUUGUUGUUCAGUUAUUAUGACCUCCCUCCUCUUUUGAAGACUUGCCUCUUAUAUCUUAGUGUAUUUCCAGAGGAUUUUCGCAUUGGCAGAGAUCGUUUGAUAAGGCGGUGGAUUGCCGAGGGAUUUUUUGAAGGGCAAAAGCAUGACCUUGGCCUCAUAGGACUCGGGGAAUGUUGCUUCAUUGAGCUCGUCAAUAGAAGCUUGAUUCAGCCGGUAUACAUAGAUGUUGAUGGCAGAGCACAAGCUUGUAUCGUGCAUGAUAUGAUGUUGGAUGUGAUUUGUGAUUUGUCAAGUGAAGAAAACUUUGUUACCGUAUUGGAUUUUAUCAAGGAAGACAUACAUGUUCAAAGAAAGCCUCGGAGGCUUUCCAUCCAAAAGUGCACGGAUGAGCUCAGUUCCACUCGGCUGGCUACCAUGAGCCUGUCACAAGUGAGGUCUUUUACACUUUUCAAUUGUUAUGUUAAUAAUCAGAUUCUUCCGCUUUCAAGAUUUCGAGUAUUACGUGUGUUGGACCUAGAAGAUUGUUUUUUGGACGUAGUGGACCUUAGGUGUGUCGGGAAUUUGUUACACCUGAGGUACCUAGUAUUAAGAUGUGAAGGAAUUUAUGAGAUUCCAUUGGAAAUAGCAAAGCUGCAGUUUUUGCAGAUAUUGGACGUACGGGAAAUGUAUGUAACUUUGCCGGCAAGUGUGCUCCGGAUGACAAAUCUGAUUUGCUUGUAUUAUGAAAGUUAUCUGCCAAGAGGGAUUAUGAAUUUGGCGUCACUCCAAGAGCUAGACAUACAAUACUUCGAAGAAGGAGUGGAGCUAGAACUGCGGUACCUGACCCAGCUGAGGCUGCUCAGCUUUUGCUGGCCAGUAUCAUUUGCACAUGAUAAACUUGUUACUUUUGUUGAGUCCUUGGGAAAACUUGCCAAACUAGAGACUCUGGUGAUUUUCAAUGGUGAUGACAUUGAUGUCAUGCAGGACUGGGUACCCUCUCCAUACAUCCGUAAACUUCUGUUGACGGGACAGUUUCAAACUUUGCCGACAUGGGUUAAUUCUUCAUCACUCUCCCUGGUUUCCUUCCUCCGUAUAUAUAUUAAUGAAUUGAAACCGGAGGACAUUGAGAUCCUCGGCACUCUGCCGACUCUUCGGUAUGUUGAACUGUGGUCGAUUCUCAAAGUCCCUACGGUGGACGUCGCAACCCAAAGGUGCAUGCUUUCCACUAAUGCAUUCCCUUGCCUGAGAGAGUGCAAUUUCAAAAAUGUUAUACUGGGGCCACAUUUGUUCACACCGGGAGCUAUGCCCCUGGUUCGAAAAUUGACUUUCCGCCUCGAACUGUCAGACAUCCUCAGCUGCGACAUGGAAUUGAGCAUAUGGAACCUCCCUUCGCUGGAAGAAGUCGAAAUUGCACUUCAUGUCGAGAACUUUGACGGCGAGAGUUAUCGUGAAGCAGAAGCUGCGAUUAGGCGAAUGGCCAGAGACUAUCCCAACUGUCGUCUCAGUAUUGGUGAAGUAUGGUAG